AGUGUGGGUUUGCAGUGUCAUUCCGCCUAAGUUUUGAUUGACUUUUCUUCGUCGACGUUCAUAAGCAACAACAGCAGUUCAGUUUUCUAAUCCGUCAAGAGUGUUUCUACAAUGGAACUUGCUAAGAAAUGUCCGUUUCUGGCGCGUGUACCGUCGUCUUUCGUGCGCAAGGCGAGGGGACCGGUAUUGGUGUCGUACGCCGAGAGAUGUCCUGUGAUGUCGGAGGUUUUGAACAAGACCAGCGAAGUUCCCGAAAAGACUGAGGGAGCGAAGACCCUUGGAGCUACAACUGCAGCUAAAGCUGGUAAGUGUCCAUUUAUGCACAAUGCAACUGCUGAAGUGACUAAGUUGAAGGCUGAUGAGUUUGUUGCCUGUGCAUGUGACUACCAAGAAGGAGCUUGCAAGAAGGAGACCACUGUGGACUCUGCUGGGAAGUGCCCUUUCUCAAGUGGCAAGGCAGUUGUUGAUGCUUUGAAGAACAUCCAUCCAACCCCUGCUAUGAAGGUGGGAAAUGUUUUUCCCCAGCCCAGUGGUGUACGGCAGAUGGUCACGAUGCCUCUUGGUGUCCAAGGCCCUGCACCUAACAUCGAAGCAUUCCAGUCUCACUUUGACUAUGAGCAGUUCUUUUUGGGUGAGAUUGAGAAGAAGAAGCAAGACAAUACAUAUCGUAUUUUUAAGAGGGUGAACCGUUUGGCUGAGACAUUUCCGCAGGCCAAAGAUUACAGCAACUCCCUUGAAGGCAAGGAUGUGACAGUGUGGUGCAGCAAUGACUAUCUUGGGAUGAGCCGACAUCCAGAGGUUUUGAAAACUGCAAGGGAAACCAUUGAUAAGCAUGGAGUAGGUGCUGGAGGUACCAGAAACAUCUCGGGUACAAGCAGCUAUCAUGAGGAAUUGGAGAGAAAGCUGGCAGAGAUACACAAGAAGGAGGCUGCCCUGCUUUUCACGUCUUGCUAUGUGGCCAAUGACACGACUCUGUUUACAUUGGCACGUCAGUUACCUGGCUGCUUGAUAUUCUCUGAUGCUGGUAACCAUGCCUCCAUGAUCCAGGGAAUCAGGAACAGUGGAGCUAAGAAAUUCAUUUUCCGUCACAAUGACGUAGAACACCUGGAACAGCUUCUAGAACAGGCAGACCCUGAUGUGCCAAAGAUUGUAGCUUUUGAAACUGUGCAUUCCAUGACUGGAGAUGUGUGUCCAUUGGAGGAGCUGUGUGAUGUUGCACACAAGUAUGGGGCAUUGACUUUUGUUGAUGAGGUUCACGCAGUGGGUCUGUAUGGUGACAGUGGUGCAGGUAUUGGGGACCGUGACGAUGUUAUGGACAAGAUGGACAUUAUUACUGGAACCCUGGGCAAGGCAUUUGGAGUGAUUGGCGGAUACAUUGCUGCAUCUGCAGCCCUUGUCGACAACGUCCGCAGCUAUGGAUCAGGUUUUAUCUUCACCACUUCUUUGCCACCAGUCACGGUCAACUCUGCCAUAACGUCUGUUAAUAUUCUGGCUAGUGAUGAAGGGCGCCGCCUGCGCGAGAAACAUCAGAGUAUUGUGCGCACUCUAAGGAACAAGCUUGUCAGUGCUGGUCUCCCUGUGGUGUACGCACCCAGCCAAAUCAUCCCAGUGCAUGUUGGGGAUGCUGCAAAGUGCACAGCCAUCUCCAAUGAUAUGCUGACCAAGCAUGGCAUAUAUGUACAAUCCAUCAACUAUCCCACAGUGGAGCGUGGCAAGGAAAGGCUGCGCAUUGCACCAACUCCCGAGCACAAUGAGAAGAUGAUGGACAAGUUCAUCGAUGCUUUGGUCCAGGUCUGGCAGGACAACGAUAUGGGUUUCCUGACCCCAGUCUGCACCACUGAAUGCGACUGUCAGGAGCGCUGCAUCACUUAUAAGGAGCUCGACUGCAACAAGUAUGCUUCUCAGGUUGGCGCCUAGAGUGUUGACCAGGGUUGCAUUCCAAAUCAACGUCUCCAGUUGGUUUGUGUGGUUCUCACUUCUGAGAAUCUUGCACAAUGGAAUUAAUCUUAAUUUUCAAAUUGUAAUUUCUGCUGAAAUUGAAAUAAUCAUGUACUCGUGUAGAUGUGUCUGUGUGUUCUUUGUCUAGUGUUGUCCUUCUACCACUCGUGGCCUGGUUAUUUCCAGUGUAUCAAUGCUUUUGUAGAUGUCCCUGAUCGUUCACCAAUUUCCACCAAAACAACAAACUUGUGUAGUUGAGAACUGCCUGCCUUAGACUUUCCUGUUCUGGAAUUUCCUUUCCUUUAUUUCCUCUUUGUUUUUUGCUCAUUGUGUCCGUAAUGAAACAAACCUCAAACCUCUGCAAUCUAACUAAUUUUAUGGAGACUUGACCUUACUAAUUUUUUGUUUUGUUUUGUUUUGUUUUGGGGGGGAAGGGAGGGAUGCUGCCCUUAUGCCAUCAAAACUCUUAGAGAAUUAUCUUAGGGUUUAAUUUUUCAUUUUUUUUUUUUCUUUUUUUUUUACUGUGGGUGACUGCCUUUAUGCCAAUACGAACUAUAAGUUUGGUCUUGCCUUGAUGCAAGAUCUUUACAUAUCGUGGAGCUCUGCUAUUGUGGGGGUUAUUGCCUUUAUGCCUCACUGUUGAUGACUACCAAAAGCCAAGUGGGUCAUUGAAAUCUGCCUUGGAACGUUAACAAUCCUGACUGCCCUUAUGCCAUGAGGCUUUACUGUGUUACCACAAUGACUAGUAACACCUACAUAUACACAGAAUACGAAGCUAAACAACCUGGUAUCUGAUGUUCAUUGCACUUUGACACAUCAUGUCCCGAUGAUGCCAAAACACUGUUUUGUGUUCAUUGCCCAACGAUGGCUGCUUACCAUCAAUUCAUGGUUUAUUUAACAGAAUUCUCAACUUUUCCGAGUGCAGCCCGCAUGAGGAAUGUGACACGCCCCUCCCCCACAUUAAGUGAAGGGCAAGAGUAUUGUUAUAGACCCUAACCAAAUGCGAAUUUCUUGUGGAUAUGCACGACAUUUUGCGCAGUAUUUCGACUGCUCAAGUUCAAGAUGUGUGGAGUGACUGCCUUUAUGCCAUUAAAGACUUUAAUCAAGGCUUCAGGGAGCCUUUAUUUUUUCCAGUGCUGUUUAGCAUUGUGGAAAAUAGUUAGUUAACAAAUUUAGUUGCACGUUUUACAUGAUGUAACCGUAGCAGAUAUGUGGUUCUGUAAACAUUUUUUUAGUUGAACACAGUACCACAGCUACCUAAUGGAAUUUCCAAGAGAGUUUUAUCGAAUCGCGGGGAGAAAGUAUCAAAUGGGAGACGCGUUUUAAAGGAGCUACGAGCGAUCGACGAAUGUUUAGGAGUUGCAUUAAGUAGCUGUGGCGCUUCUAAAUAUAAAAUCAACCUGAGAAUACACAAGACUAGGGAGAUAGUCAUUUGGGAGAAGUUGCUUUCAACUGGAUUUGUCGAUAGAAUAGAAAAAAAUUUGACCCUUAAUCUGGGUUUUCGUUAUUUGGACUUGGUUUCAAUAUGGUGUUGGGUUUGAUAGUAUUUCUUACAAUAUGGUGGGAGCUAUUUGUACCUCUAGUCAUCUUAAGAGGUGAAACUUCUAGACUCACACCACUGUAUUUAGUCUUGGGGUGUAGAAUAAAAAUUGCAUCAAAUGAG